AUGGGCAAGUUCAUCAAGGCCGGCCGCGUUGUUGUACUCCUCCAGGGCCGUUACACAGGUAAAAAGGCUAUUGUCGUGAAGCCCUUUGACGACGGGUCCAAGACGCGUCCAUUCGGGCAUUGUCUCGUCGCAGGCGUUGACAAGGCACCCCUGAAGGUGACAAAGACUAUGGGCAAGAGGAAGAUUGCCAAGCGGACUCGGGUCAAGCCUUUUGUCAAGUAUGUCAACUACAACCACAUGAUGCCCACUCGUUACCAGGUUCCCGCGGAAGUCGGCGUGCAGUCGUGGGUCACUGAUCAGCAGAUGGACAACAGCGAUGGCCGAGUGGAGGCCAAGAAGUUGAUCAAGAAUGCGUUCCAAGAGAAAUUCGCGAGCCCUCCAGCAGACAAAGCGGGUAAGCCUUCCAAGGACGUCCUCUACCUCCGGAAGAAGCUCCGUUUCUGA